CCAACUUUUACCCCUCCAUAGUCCUUCAGCAGCGUGAAUAGGAAAAGAGACAACAUCGGAACCUUCAGCCAAUCUGGAUUUUCAUACGUCAAAUUAAUUACGUGCUCAAUAUGGAGAACAAAACGAAGCCUCAUGUGGUUUCAUCCGAGCCACUGGAGAUUGGAGAUGCCAAAUGGAUGACGUUGGUCAAAAUUAAGUACAGAGACAUGGAUGGUAAAGACCGCGUCUGGGAAGGAGUAGAGAGGAAGACACGCGCGGCAGGCAGCUCAGUCGACGCAGUCCAUAUUGUUGCCGUGUUAAAGAAAGAAACUGGCCCAGAGCUUCUGCUCCAGCGACAGUUCCGCCCGGCUGUGGGCAAAAUCUGCAUCGAAUUUCCCGCUGGACUGCUUGACAAAGGCGAAACCGUGGAACAGUGCGCGAUCCGCGAACUCGCAGAAGAGACAGGCUACGUCGGGAUCAUCAAGCCGGAUUCGUAUGGGAACCGCCCAAAGCUUUUCGGCGCCCCUGGUUUCUCCAAUUCCUGCUCUGUCAUGGUCCAUGUUGAUAUAAACAUGCAAGCAGAGGAAAAUCGCAACCCCAAGCCGCGCUUGGAAGAAGGAGAAUUCAUCGAGUGUUUCUCACUGCCCUUGACCAUCCUUUACGUCGAAUGUAGGAGGCUAGAGGCCGAAGGCUAUGCUAUCGACGGAAAGCUCGGGGCUUUAAUAGAAGGCUUUCAAAUGUCCCAGAUGUGGCGGGCGUAACACCGAAUGAUUGGACUAAGCAGCUUUCAGAGCUCUUUAUCACAUCACAAAGAUGGCCAGCGUUCUGAAGUCGUGUUGACAGGAAUGGUCCCUCUGAUAUAAUCACGCAUAUCUAGGUCACGGGGUGUGAACUUUUCUGUUAUAUCAGCCAGCUUACUUGUAUACGGGCCUUGAUAGACAGAUUUCUCUUAGGAAAGGCCCGAGCCAGUCUCUCUCGACGAUACGAAGGCUGCGCGACGAAUGAUUUAGUGAUGAUGGUGGAUCAUGAGGACGGGAUUUGCGAUGUGCCGAACCAUGCGGAUCGAAAAUUUGUCAAAAGUCUCUUGACGCGAAGAGCCCUGUCCAGUUUAAUUACAUGCUCGAAGGGGUUCACAUUGGUCACAUCAGAAGCAUAAUUGCGUAGACU